AUGCCCCAACUUCCCCCCAAACCCCUCCCCUUUACAGUCAAAGACAAAGUCGCCAUCAUCACAGGCGCCGGCUCAGGCAUAAACCUCUCCUUCGCCACCCUCCUCCUCUCCCACGGCUGCAACGUCCUCCUCGCAGACCUCCACCUCCGCCCCGAAGCCCAAACCCUCGUCUCCCAAUACCGAAACCCCCACGCCCGUCCACGCGCCCUCUUCCAACACACAGACGUCACCCACUGGCCCGACCUGACCGCGCUCUUCACCACCGCAGCCGCGGAAUUCGGUCGUCUGGACAUUGUGUGUCCCGGCGCGGGCAUCUACGAUCCCGAGUCGAGUAAUUUCUGGCAUCCGCCCGGGGUGGAGGGGGGUAGGAGUAGGGAUGAUGUGGCAGGGGGGAGUUGGCGAUUCGGGCGUUUUUGGGGGAGGUGA